CCUUUGAAAGCAGCGUGGAGUCUCGUGCAUCCUGCUACUGGGCAGACCAGGCAGCGAGGAGGCACAUGGCGUCGGGGCUCAAGAGUAAGAGAAGUGGUGAAACAGCAGUUCCUUAUACUAACUUAUAUUAAUCAACGAUUAUAGCACUGGGAGGCUGAACACCCUGGCUGUUACUGGAAGUAUGUUGUAUAAGAAGCGAUUAAGAAUUGGUAACUCUGUUGCCUAGCCAACUGGAACAUGGAGACACAGCUAGACCCUAGUAAGGAUGAUUUGCCCCUAAUGGCCAACACUAGCCACAUGCUGAUGAAGCAUUAUGUAUUGGACUUGGAUGUGGAUUUUAAAAGCCAAAUUAUUGAAGGCAGCAUAGUUCUCUUCUUUGAGACUGGAAGCAGUUGCAGGAAAGUAGGCAGUAGUGUGGAAAGAGCCUGCCAUCCACGGUCAGAUGAAACCUUCAAAAUUCAGGCAUUUGAACUCUGCCACAUUCCUGUGACAAAUGCAAGUGCCUGCUCAUCUAAAACUGGAUAUAAUGAUUUUGCUGUCUGUGGUAAAGGUGAAAAAGAUACUUCUGAUAAAAAUGGUAACCAUAGCAACAGGGCACAGGCUUCUGGGAUUUCUAGUUCAAAGAAGUGCUGUGACAUAGAGAAUCAUGGGAGUGAGGAUUUUCUGCUGGUAUUGGACUGCUGUGAUUUAUGUGUGUUAAAGGUCGAGGAGGUGGAUGUUGCUGCUGUGCCAGGUAUUGAAAAAUUUACAAGGUCUGCCAAGCUAACUGAGGGUUCAGAAGAGCUGGGAAAUCUCAGGAAUCAGAUUGUACAUGAACUUGUGACUUUACCUGCAGAUCGGUGGGAGGAACAGCUCUACUAUUACACUUGCUGCAGCCAGGCGCCUGGUUGUGGAGAGCUUCUGUUUACCACUAGCACUUGGAGCUUGGAGAUAAGGAAGGCAGGGAUUCGGAUACCAAGAGACUUUCCUCGUGCAAUAAGGAUCUGUUACAAAACAAAGCCAGAGGGAAGAUCAGUUACGUGGACCACAGACCAGAGUGGCAGGCCUUGUGUUUAUACAAUGGGAUCGCCACUGAACAACAGAGCUCUUUUUCCAUGCCAGGAACCACCGGUUGCCAUGUCAACCUGGCAAGCUACAGUCCGAGCAGCUACAGGUUUUGUUGUCUUAAUGAGUGGUGAAAAUUCAGCAGAACCAAUACAGCUUCAAGAAGGUAUCUUUAGUUGGAACUAUUAUGUGACCAUGCCAAUGCCAGCAUCCACCUUCACUAUCGCUGUUGGGUGCUGGAUAGAAGUUAAACGGGAAUCUCUUGCAACUGAGGUCAUGACAAAUGAUGUGAUCUCCUUGCCAUUUUCAAAGGCUGAUUUCAGGUUGGUCGAAGGGGGCUGUGGUCAUUUGGAAUCCCCCUGCCGGUUCCAAAAUCCUGGUGCCACAUCUCAACCAGUCAUUCCUCAUCGAGUCUUUGCUCCAUGGUGCCUGAAGGACCUCUGUGCAGAGAUACUGCUUGAGCUGAUUCCUCAAUGCUUGUCAGCUGCUCAUGCUACACUGGGUACUCAUCCCUUUUCCAGGCUUGAUGUGUUGAUAGUCCCUUCCAACUUUUCCAGUCUGGGAAUGGCCAGCCCACACAUAAUCUUCCUGUCACAGAGCGUAUUACCUGGAGGGAGCCAUCUCUGUGGAACACGUCUGUGCCAUGAAAUUGCUCAUGCUUGGUUCGGAUUGGCCAUUGGUGCUCGUGAUUGGACUGAAGAAUGGAUCAGUGAAGGGUUUGCUACUCACUUGGAGGAUGUAUUUUGGGCAGCAGCACAACAGCAGCUGCCAUGUCAUGAAGCAAGAGAGCAGCAGGAACUGAAAGCUUUGCUCCGCUGGCGACGGCUCAGAGAUGAAGUGCAGAACUCUGAAGAAGAGCUGCAAGUAUUAAGGCCCAAAAAAGAGAACACGGGAGAAACGAGCGAGUCUGGAGCAUCUAUUAUCAAACAUGGUCUUAAAGCAGAAAAAAUCUUCAUGCAGGUUCAUUAUUUGAAGGGCAAUUUUCUUCUGCGAUCUUUAGCAAGAAGAAUAGGAGAGGCUACAUAUUUUACAUUUUUAAGAAAAUUUGUCCAAAAGUUUCAUGGACAACUGAUUCUCUCUCAGGAUUUCCUUUACAUGCUGCUGGAGGACAUCCCCGAACAAAAAGGGUAUGGGCUGUCUGUUGAAAGUAUCUUCCAGAACUGGCUUGACACUUCUGGAAUACCAAAGCCUCUGCUGGAAGAGAGUCGUACUUGGAAGGAGGGUCGCCUCGCCCAGCAAGUGACUGCCGAGGUCGCAAAAUGGAUUCAAGUAAACCGGAGAGCCAAAAAAGGCAGCAAAAGGAAGAGAGGUCAGGAUGAAGUGGCUUUCCAAAAGGAGUUCCAGUCAAAGAUCAUGUCCCGAUUGUGCACUGCACUGCACAGACAUCUUCUCCCAGACCAGCUGGUCUUGCUUCUGGAGUCUCUGUUGGAGGAGAAAACGUUAUGUCCCCGAACUCUUCAGUGCUUAGAGAAAACGUAUCGCCUCCAGGAGCAGGAUGCAGAGGUUCGACAUCGAUGGUGUGAGCUUGUUGUGAAGCAUAAAUAUGCAGCAGGGUACAGUGCUGUUGAAAAAUUUCUCUGGGAAGAUCAGGCAAUGGGUGUGUAUCUAUAUGGAGAAUUAAUGGUGAAUGAAGAUGCAAAACAACAAGAACUUGCCCAUAAAUGCUUUGCUGCAGCAAGAGAACAAAUGGAUAUGUCCUCAGCCAAAGUGGUGGCCGAGAUGUUAUUUUGAAGAGAUUUUGACUCGACUUACCAACCAAACCCAUCUUAAAAGCACAAUGGGACUUUAAUGCUGAGAGAGAGAUCAAGGUAGGCCCUCCCCAGUCCCUAGAAGGCAGAGAAGAAUCUCUCUUACCAAAACUCAAAAGGUGAGAAAAGGAGGAAGGAGCACCUAAGAACCAACAAGUGGUGCCUGUUGGCUCUUUCUGUUUUGUACACAGCUAGACAUCCUUUUGCUCCAGAAGGCCACAGAUGUGCUGCUUUUCUGGAUGCUUCCACCAUAAGGCCAAAAGCCAUCCUUUCCAUUUUCUUUUUGACCAAGAAACUUGAACAGAAAUAUAGAAGAAAUAAAAUAUAUCCCACUAUGCCUGCUGCAUCCCACAGAGAUUCUGAAACAGAGGGUGCAGGGCUGAGGGUCUGAAACAGCAGCUCAACUGGCCUUGUGGCAGGCUGUGCUAGGGAUAUCUGAACAGUGGGUGGUAUCGCAUGCCAUAUGUGCUGCAAUACUAGCGUGCAGUGGUGCAAGUUAAUCCUUUUGUGCUGAGAGAGGGAUUUUUCUGGUGCAUAGUAUUGCUGGCUACAAAUCCAUCCGUUUCUAGUGCCAAAAUAGCAAGGAAAUUCCAUACCUUCAUGGGUUAUUUUUACAAAUGAUUUAAAGGAGAGGAACUGAUGUCUUUUGGCAUGCAUGAAAUAUCUAAAUAUGAGGAAUGUUUUCUGCAGUUUUGGAUUAUUUAGCAUGUUAUAAAGAUGUCUUAACGUGUAAACAUUUCCACAAGGUAUCAUCCUUCACUGGGAAUUGCCUUUGAACAAAAUAGUGUAUUGGUUUAAACUACGAUUAAAGCAAAUAGGCUAGGUCUGUCAUUCUAGUCCCUUCCCAGUCAGCUAAGUGCCCAGAUUUGAUUGUCUGUCUUGGAAUUUUUGGCACAGGCACAGUACAAAUUCUGUUUCUGGCCACGUACCCCUGUGUGCAUAGACUAGGCAGGCACAGUAGGCUACCCAUUGGCUGGGUACACAUCCUGGUUGGUGCCCCUUAUGCACAUGUAGUAGCCUUAGUUGCCUAAAAGUGGUGACCAAAACUCACAACUAGCAGGACUUGUACCAAGGGAAAAAGCACUCACCUGGGAAGCUGGAGGAGCUGUAUCUAGGCCACUCCAUUCCCAGAAGGUGUUUGAAUCUGGGUCUCUAGCUUCCUAGUACAGCACUGUAACUAAUACCCCACAAAAGGGCCUUUAGCCAGUUUCUUCUCUGGCAGUCUUGGGAAGCUAGCCCUCUAGGAAGUCAGUAGAGGGAGAAGGUGAGGGAGGGGUGGGGCCAGAAGAAAGCAAGCCAAAGGCUGUGCACCUCAAUAAAGUAGGUUACUGGCCCAAGAAAAAAGAGCCCUGGAUUUCAGCCUAAGCUCUUACUACCAGUGAAGCAAAAACUUUCUCUCCCUCCCAUUUUUCCCAGCAAGUGUGGUAGUGGCUCAGCUUCAAAAGGUGCACCAAAGAGCCUGAAAUGCCAGACCUCUGACAUGAUAACUAGAGUACUGUACUGAGAUAUCAGAGAGACCUGAGUUCAAACCUCCCAUGGCAAGGUAGACCUAGAAGAUGGCUUCUCCAGUGACUGCCCUAGCCACUCAGCAAUUGUGGGGAUUGGGGGCAAGUCUUGUUUAUUUUGUUGCCCAUUGUCAUGCCUAGGCUACAUGCAUAUGCAGCCCGGAACAGAAUUCCUGCAUGUGCAUAAGUGCCACAAAUGCCAUUUACGCUACCAAAUCUGAAUACUUAGACAACCAGGAACGGAAGAGACUGCCACCCACAGCUCACAUAGGUGUGUCUACAACAUGCAAGGAAGGAAAUAAGAAUGUUUUAAAAACUUAUGCUUUUGUUAACCUCUACUGUAUUUUCCAAAAAUUUUAACCAAGCAGAAAGCAGAAUUUAAUUUUCGCCAAACUAGCAGGUUUAUAUUAGUUGAGUGUUCCCAGGAGAGGUCUCAGUCAUGCCACCAGAACAAAAGCAAACUAAAUCCUUUUUUCUUUAUUUUUUAAGUCACUUAGCUGCUACAUUUUUGAGUCCAUAAUUUGCAUUCACUUUUACUCCUUCUCCUGGGCACUGCUGUUGCUUUCAGCCCUGUAGCUCAUUCUGCAGGUAUACUUGCUUUCCUGCUGUUUCUGUUUCUACAUACGUAUCAACACUUUCCUCCGAAGUCUGGUGGUAACAGCCUCUGCACCAAGACAACCUGCUCUAAGGCAUUAUUUGUGCCCUGUGACACUUUCUCAAGCUUAGUUAUAUCACAGUGCCAGCUCUCUUUGUCCUUCUGUCAUUCCUGUACUUCUAUUAUUUAUUUGUUUUCCUACAGUGUCUGAGAGCCCCCAGGCAGGAGCCAGGGGCCCUUUGUGCUAUCUGCUGUACCAGUACAAAAUGGAAUCAAGUCACAGUGCAUCAGCAGUCAUUAUAGUCCAUUCUGCAUCUUUUGUUGCUUUUAGCCCAUUUAAACUGCAGCUUUAACCAAUUUAAUAAUUUCAUUCCUGUUUUUUAAACUGCAUUAAAAAAGGGUAUUCCCCUCUGCCCCCCUGUGCCUUGUUUGGUUAUUGCUUGGUGUCAUCUUUGACCCUGAAGUUGUCCAUCGCCUUAGGACAGCUACUUAGCUGCAUCAUUGCCAUAUUCUCAUGUGAGAGUCUG